AUGGAUGCAUUUUUGCCAUAUUUACGAGUAGAUGAUAAUCGACAGAAACAACUUGCCAGAAGAAUCGACGACAUAUUGCGAAUGCGUACAGGAGACAGUACCGACCGUUACAAUACUUUUACAGAUGCUUACGAAAAACAAAUUUGGAUUUCGAGUGUAAGUGUAUCAGUAACACAAUGUGGAUGGCUAAGUACCCGAACUGGUGGUAUUGGUACUCAGAACUGUAACAAUCUAUUAUCAUUCGUGUGCGAAAAGGGUAUGGAAUUCUUGGAUUUUGAAAGUUUUCUGAUUUUGUAA